GGUCUCCGGAGGACCGAGGAAGCCGGUGGCUGGAGGCAAGAGGCGACAGCAGGGAACCUGGGCUCGAGCCUUCUCAGUGAUGACCCUCCUCAUUUGGAACAGCUCACCCCUGCAUAUCUGGACCACCCCCUCCUGCCCGUAAAAACAUGGCUCUUCAGAAAGGCAUUUGGAGAUGAGAACCCUGUGAAGUAGGUUGGGCUGGGAGAAAAUGACUGGCCCAAAAUCACCCGGUGAACUUCCAUGGGCUGAAGGUGGAUGAGAACAAGGAGGUCUUAUUAAGAUGUAUUUGGGAACUUCACAGGUUCUCAAGCUAAGUUGGAAAAUGUGGCAUUAGGCAUAUUAAAAACAAAAGUGGUGUUCCAUAUCUGCAUCUAUAGUCACUCUGGGGUUUUUUUGCUGGAAAAAUGUAACAGACGGAUAACUGUCAAUAAAUUAAUAGAGUACAUGGAGGUGCAUGCCAUGCACCUGCACAUAUAUUUUAUUCAUCUUACUUAUUGAGUGCACAUUACACUAAGUCAUCCUACUCAGUGAAUGGGGCUGUGCUCUUUACUAUCUUAGACCUGUCCCACAAGGCCAAUCAAGGUCCCAAGCUUGCCUAAAAUUUCAUGUGUCAUACAAACUCUUCCUGGUUAGCAGAACUUAGAAUUUGAACCAAAGUUUCAAAUUCCAGUUCCUCUUAAUAGAAAGUGACAGUCUGGGUUCACAGGACAGGCUCAAACUUAAGUAAGCCUUGGGGCUUGAUUAAAGGGCCAUAUGGGAUGGGAUGAGCUCCAACUACCCAAUUAAUUAUACAAGGUGACUUAACAUUUGUGUAAAUGCACAAUCAAGUAAUGAGAGGCACUCCAUUUGGUGGUGGAUACUUUCCACUUUUGCACUUCACUUUUGUCCAGUGUGAGUCAAGUGUUCAUUAAUAUAGAAAUAUUCUCAAAACACAUACCUUUGUUUGGAUGGUGGAAGUUCUGAUGAUUAAGUGUUGGUUCAUACCUAGCUUUCCCCCGCCUGUUCUGUCUUCCACAGAUAGCACUCCUUAAGUCAUAUUCUCCAAGACUUCCUAAGAAACAGAAACUACCAGAAGGAACAGAUGACAGAGUGGAUACACAGUUACCCAGGUGCCCCAAUAUGCCUUUUCUGGACUGGUUCCUCUACCACUCAGUUGCCAUGUGGUUGCUCCUCCAGAGUUUUGUUCUGAUGGCCUUUUGUUUUCACUCAGCCACCACUUUUCCCAAGGGGUGCUACCCCUCCACUGAAGAUGGCUUCAAAACUUUCCGCUGCAGUAAAGCUCAACUUACAGUUAUCCCAAAAGAUAUACCCAAUGAUACCAACAAGUUAUAUUUGGAUUAUAACCAGAUUUCUUUCCUGCCUAAUGACGCCUUCCAACAUUUGCCACUUCUGGUAGAACUAGACUUGUCCCACAAUGUCAUAAGUCGCAUGGAAGUUGGAGUCUUUAGGGGCUUGUCAGAGAACCUGCAUUCACUGGACUUGUCUUCUAACAAGUUAGUAUCAGUCAAUAAAGAUGUCUUCAGUGCAUUAAAAGCCAAAGCCAACUUAUCCAACAAUCCUUGGCUCUGUGACUGCACGCUCCAGCAGCUCAUUGAGAGAGUAGAGCUGGUUGCUGGUACCUCUGAUGGGAUUGUGUGUGAUGCCUCUGAGCGGAAGGAGCACAUUGGCAAGCCUUUUCUACAGUUGAUUGGAGACAUAGAUUUCUGCAACAUCUAUAAAAGGACCACAGACAUCGCCAUGCUAGUCACCAUGUUCGGCUGGUUCGCCAUGGUGAUCUCAUAUUUAAUCUACUAUGUCCGGCAGAAUCAAGAGGAUGCCCGACGACACUUAGAGUAUCUCAAGUCCUUGCCCAGCAAGCAGAAGAAGUCAGAAGAGUCAUCUACCAUUAGCACUGUAGUGUGACCAAAAUUAAAAACCAAAACCGUCUCACUCUUCCACAUCCCCAGUAAACUAUUGUCCAUUGGAGUAGAUAGGUUUUACAUCUACUUCAGGUGGAUCAUGUCUGCUAGAUGCUUGAAUGCACAAUGGCUGAAGAGACUGUUAUUUAAAAAGAAUGAAAUUUUUAAAAGACUUAAGGAGGUAAGGCCUUGCUUAUAUAAAAGGCCUCUCUUACUUUCAUUCCUGAGCAAUGAAAAACACAAAUAAUCAUAAAGGCAUAGCCAUGGUUGAAUUCAUUGGCACAAUUCAGUGUAUGGAAUAGUGCCAUAUUAUGUAUCAGUUAUUUCUCAGUCCUGCGAUGGAGGCACCAUCACACCCAGACUUUGCAAAACCUGGCUCUCAACUUGUACUAUUCCGUGCCAGGAAAUCCUGGAGGAAGUUCCCAUCAUUCUAGGGAUGCCAAGAAUUGGGAGUGAGAUGAUUCUGUUGCUUUCUCUUGUUCUCACAAGGGUUUUACUGUAGCCCCAACUAGCUGGAGUCAAGAGCAAGCUUCCCCAACCUGGCACCCACUAAUUGUGUUGGACUUUUAGGAGUUGGCCUACACAGUGGUAGGGCUCUAGGUUUGGCGAGGGCAGAAGAAGAGAAAUUACUAACUGCUAGAAGACAUGUGAGCCUGUUAUUCAGGUGCAAAUUCCCCCCUCAUCUAAAUGCUGAACCUUUUCUUUGAACACACGUUAAUAGCCAUUGCUGGUUCCCCUCUUCAGUGUUUCAUAUCAGAAAUGUUUUUUUAAAUAAAUCUUUCUUAUUUGCAGGAAUCCAUUAGGGAAUCCAUUAGCACCUUAAAUACAGAAUGGGAGGGACAGAAAGAAGGGUCAGUGCUCUGAAGUUUCAAGCCGUUCUCGCAAUUUUUGCUGCUCUGUUAAGGUUCCUUAUGGGGCCUGCUGAGAGAUGGAAGAUCUCAACUGAAAUGAUGUAGCAGAAAUUCAGAAAAGGACACAGAAGUCCCCAUACUGACUUUCAAGGAAUACAAGGAAACAUCCAUAACCACCUUGAUUCAGAGAACAGCAGGAAUAGCAAAAGCUGCACACAAGAUAUCGGCUUCUGUAGCCAGGUCAGGCUGGUUCCGCAGGUGUGUACACAGCUACUUAGUGCUUAGGGGGAGAGGUCCUGACAGGUAGCACGUGAUUUCACAUGCAUUGAUCGCAUGGCUUGGUGAAGUCUUAUCCCAGGUAAGCAGCCUUGUUUGUAGCAAUGAAUUCUAAGAAAAUGGUUUCUACUGUGCUGUGGCUUCACUGGAUCAGUGUGACUGUGUUUUUUACUCCUUUUCUUUCUUGUUACAAAUGGCUGCAUCAUGACACUAGUAAUAGAGGACUUCAAAAAACCUCA